AUGAAAACCACUGAAUUCGCUUCUCAAUGGACCACUCAGAUGGGUUACCCAAUGGUAACUGUGGAAACUUUCAACGGAACAACUUUGAAAGUGUCUCAAAAGCGGUACAAAACAAAUAAGGACGCUCUGGAGUUGGAGAAGUACCGCCAUCCAAAAUACGGGUUCAAGUGGGAUAUCCCUCUGUGGUAUCAAGAAGGCGAAAACCAGACGAUCAAGCGGACCUGGUUAACCAGAGAUGAGCCGCUCUAUUUCCACGUGGAUAGUUCUGAUGUAUCCAUUGUUGUGAACGCCGACCGGCAUGGAUUUUAUCGGCAAAACUAUGAUGAAGACGGCUGGAAAAGGAUCAUCAAUCAGCUUGAGAAAAAUCAUACGGUUGGUACAGCGAGGAUCCAUUUUAUCAGUAACCGCUGCGAGAUUGCUGGAGUAGUUCUGGCUUAUUAA